UGGAGGAAAAAAAAACAACACUUUUGUGAGACACUGAGCGGCGCAAGAGCGAGGGGACCGUUUGUCUACCCUUUACAAGUGUUUGUUCUGGACAAGGAAUUGUACUUUAUGAAAAGAAAGAGUGGAUAUUCACCCUGUUCUGCAACUGGGUUGUGAGGAGCAGGAGUAUUCUCAGUGAGACUGGGAAGACGGCAACAUGGCAGUCUCCACUCAGCUGAGUUUACUGCUUUGGAAAAACUUCACCUACCGACGGAGGCAGACUAUCCAGCUGCUGAUUGAGAUAAUCUGGCCCCUGUUCAUCUUCUUCAUCCUGAUCUCUGUCCGAAUGUAUUACCCACCCUACGAGCAACAUGAAUGCCAUUUCCCCAACAAGGCCAUGCCCUCAGCUGGCACUCUUCCCUGGGUACAAGGCAUCAUCUGUAACGCCAACAACCCCUGCUUUCGCAAUCCCACCCCCGGAGAGAGUCCCGCAGUAGUGGGAAACUUCAAUGACUCCAUAAUUUCCCGUCUGUUUACCGAUGCCAAAAAGAUCUUGCUGUACACUCAGAAUGAUAAGAGCUAUGAGGGCUACAAAGGAAUGCUGAGGGCCCUCAGGAAGCUGCAGAAGAACACUGCCCGUUUCAAGCUGAAGGAGUUUUUGCGAGAUGACGAAACCCUUUCCCACUUCCUGCACCACAAUGCGUCACUUCCUCAUCACGCUUCCAAGCAGAUCAUGGAGGCUAAUGUGAAUCUGGAGAAGGUGCUGACUAAAGGUUUUGGCUUCCACCUGAGAGACCUGUGUAACACCACGCCACUGGAGGAGUUUGUCCAUAUUGCUGACCUCAACGUCUCCCGUAUGACUCAAGAAAUCAUAUGCAAGUCCUCCAGCGACUGGCUAGACAAGGCCCAGAGCCACUUCCUGUCCAAUCUGGACUUUCUGAAACCAAUUCGGAAGGAUGUGAGGUCUGACCCCAAAGUCGUACAGGAAGUCUCAGCUGCAACUGACAUUCUUCUGGAGAGCCUUGGAGUGCUGGCUGUGGAGCUCGCUGGUAUGAACAGUUGGAAGGACAUGCGAAAGGAGAUCCUCUAUCUGACUGCAAACGCCACCGGCUCGCCAAACCAGGUGUACCAGGCUGUGUCACGUAUCGUCUGUGGACACCCCGAGGGGGGCGGCCUCAAAAUUAAAUCUCUCAACUGGUAUGAAGACAACAACUACAAGGCCCUGUUUGGAAACCACGGCAAUGACAGUGACAGUGAUCCUCUCUCUGCAUAUGACAACUCUUCCACCCCAUUUUGUAACAACAUGAUGCGGAACAUGGAGUCCAGUCCUAUUUCCAGGAUGAUCUGGAGAGCUCUGAAGCCACUGCUCUUGGGGAAGAUCCUCUACACCCCAGAUACUCCGGCAACCCAGAGGAUCAUCCAUGAGGUUAAUAAGACCUUCCAGGAGUUUGGUAUACUGCGGGAUCUCGGCGGUGUGUGGGAGGAGAUGAAACCCAAAGUUUGGAACUUCAUGGAGAAUAGUGAGGAAAUGGACAUGGUCAGGACUCUGCUGCAGAAUAAUGCCAGUGCUGCAUUCUUCAACGCUCAGCUCAGAGGGACUGAGUGGCGUGUGUCAGAUGUGUUCGACUUCCUGACCAAGGCUUCUGAGGACCAAAGACCUGCAGGAUCUGUUUAUACCUGGAGAGAUGCCUUCAACGAAACUGACCAGGCCAUACAGACCAUCUCACGCUUUAUGGAGUGUGUGAACCUGGACAAGCUGGAGCCAGUAGCUAAUGAGGAGCGACUGGUCAACAAAUCCAUGGGUCUCCUCAACCACCAGAAAUUCUGGGCAGGAAUUGUGUUUUCGGACAUAGCCCGAAGCGACAGCACUGACCUGCCUCCCAACGUCAACUACAAGAUCCGCAUGGACAUUGAUAAUGUGGAGAGGACGAACAAGAUUAAAGAUGGGUAUUGGGACCCCGGUCCCAGGGCAGACCCCUUCGAGGAUCUCCGGUACAUCUGGGGGGGAUUCUCCUACCUGCAGGACGUCAUCGAGCAUGGAAUCAUCAGAGCCAUCACUGGCACCAAGGAGAGGACGGGCGUCUACAUUCAGCAGAUGCCCUACCCCUGUUAUGUUGAUGACAUUUUCCUUCGGGUGAUGAGCAGGUCAAUGCCUCUCUUCAUGACUUUGGCAUGGAUGUACUCGGUGGCCAUCAUCAUCAAGGGUGUUGUGUAUGAGAAGGAGGCAAGGCUCAAGGAGACCAUGAGGAUCAUGGGACUGAACAAUGGCACCUUGUGGCUCAGCUGGUUCAUCAGCAGUUUAAUCCCGCUGCUGAUCAGCGCCGGCUUGUUGGUGAUGCUGCUGAAGAUGGGCAACUUGCUUCCUUACAGUGACUCAGGGGUGGUGUUUCUUUUCCUGGGAUCGUUUGGCGUGGUAACCAUCAUGCAGUGUUUCCUCAUCAGCACCCUGUUCUCUCGUGCUAACUUGGCAGCGGCCUGCGGCGGCAUCAUUUACUUCACUCUCUACCUGCCAUAUGUGCUGUGUGUUGCCUGGCAAGACUACGUUGGCUAUGCAGCGAAAGUUGUCGUGAGCCUGCUCUCUCCGGUUGCGUUUGGGUUUGGCUGUGAGUACUUAUCCCUGUUUGAGGAGCAAGGUGUGGGGAUCCAGUGGUCAAAUCUUCUGGCCAGUCCUCUGGAGGAAGACAGCUACAACCUGACCACCUCCAUCUGCCUCAUGUUGUUUGAUUCGGUUCUGUAUGGAAUAAUGACCUGGUACAUCGAGGCUGUGUUUCCUGGUCAGUAUGGUAUCCCCAGGCCUUGGUAUUUCCCUUUCACGAGGACAUACUGGUGUGGGGAGAGAGAAAACAAGAACAUGUCCACCGCUAUGUCAAAGAACGCUGAUGGUGUGUGCAUUGAGGAGGAGCCAGGCCACAUCGACCCCGGUGUUUACAUCGAGAACCUGGUGAAAGUCUACAGCAAUGGAAACAAGCUCGCUGUGGACGGACUGUCCCUGAAGUUCUACGAAGGACAGAUCACCUCCUUCCUCGGACACAACGGAGCCGGCAAGACCACAACUAUGUCAAUCCUGACUGGGUUGUUCCCACCAACCUCUGGUACAGCAUACAUCCUCGGCAAGGACAUCCGCAGUGAACUCAGCACCAUUCGAAAGAAUCUGGGCGUCUGUCCUCAGCACAACGUGCUUUUCAGCAUGCUAACGGUUGAGGAACACAUCUGGUUCUACGCCCGUCUGAAGGGGCUGCCGGAGGAGCAGGUGAAGGCAGAGAUGGAGCAGAUUGUGAACGAUGUUGGACUGCCUCACAAACGAACAUCCCGCACCAGCACCCUGUCUGGUGGGAUGCAAAGGAAGCUGUCCGUGGCCCUUGCUUUUGUUGGAGGUUCAAAGGUUGUGAUUCUGGACGAACCUACUGCUGGGGUUGAUCCAUAUGCACGCAGAGGCAUCUGGGACCUGCUGCUUAAAUACAGACAAGGCCGCACCAUCAUCCUGUCCACUCAUCAUAUGGAUGAGGCCGACAUCCUGGGUGACCGAAUUGCCAUCAUUUCCCACGGCAAGCUGUGCUGUGUAGGCUCCUCACUCUUCCUGAAGACUCAGCUGGGGACGGGCUAUUACCUGACUCUGGUCAAGAGGGAUUAUGACUUGGCGCUCCAGUCCUGCAGGAAUUCAGCCAGCACUGUCAGCUACAGCAAGAAAACAGAGAAGGAGGACACUGUGUCAGAGAGCAGCUCGGAUGCUGGUUUGGGCAGUGAACCAGAAAGUGAAACCACUACCAUUGAUGUGUCCCUCAUCUCAAAUGUGAUAUUCAAGCAUGUCUCCGAGGCUCGCCUGGUGGAGGAUCUCGGUCAUGAGCUCACAUACAUCUUGCCCUACCAUUCCGCUAAAGACGGCGCCUUUGUGGAACUGUUCCACGAGCUUGACGACCGCCUCACCGACCUGGGAAUAUCUAGCUAUGGAAUAUCCGAUACAACCCUGGAAGAGAUUUUCCUGAAAGUGGCUGAGGACAGUGGUGUGGACUCUGUUGAGCUUUCAGAUGGAGUUGUACCAACCAGGACUCGUCGUCGUCAUCACGCCUUUGGAGACCACCAGAGCUGCCUGAAGCCCUUCACUGAAGAUGACUUGGAUUUGAAUGACUCUGAAGGUGAUCCAGAGUCCCGUGAGACAGACUGGCUCAGUGGAACAGAUGGCAAAGGUUCAUACCAGGUCAAAGGCUGGAGUCUGAAGAGACAACAGUUUGUUGCACUUCUCUGGAAACGAUUCCUCUAUGCCCGGCGCUCUCGGAAAGGAUUCUUUGCUCAGAUCGUUCUUCCUGCUGUAUUUGUGUGUAUUGCCCUGGUGUUCAGUCUGAUUGUCCCUCCAUUUGGAAAGUACCCCAGUCUGGAAUUGGAUUCCAGCAUGUAUGGAGAGCAGUUCACCUUCAUCAGUAAUGACAUGCCCGAGGACCCUCACAUCAAUAAACUACUGGGAGCACUGACAGAAAAACCAGGUUUUGGAACACAUUGCAUGGUCGGGGAACCCAUACUUGACGCCCCCUGCACUGCAGUAGAGGAUGAGUGGUCAAUCCCACAAGUCCCUGAGAGUGUGAUGGACAUAUUCGACAACGGCAACUGGACCAUGGAGAAUCCGUCGCCCCUGUGUGAGUGCAGUUGCGAAGGCCGCAAGAGAAUGCUUCCUGAGUGUCCGGCUGCUGCUGGCGGACUUCCACCACCACAGAUGAAAAUCAGUGAGACAGACACUCUUCAGAAUUUGACUAGCAGAAACAUCUCAGACUACCUGGUGAAAACCUACGCUCAGAUCAUUGGCAAGAGCCUGAAGAACAAAAUCUCGGUCAACGAGUUUAGAUACGGUGGAUUCUCACUCGGUGCCAGGAACUCCCAACUUAUGUCCCACAAAGAUGAAAUUGAUGAUGCAAUUGCUAACCUGAGGAGACGCUUCCGCCUGGAGAGGGGAACUGCAACAGAUCGUUUCUUUGGCAGUCUCUCCAGUUUUAUCCAAGGAUUGGACACCAAAAAUAAUGUCAAGAUCUGGUUUAACAACAAGGGCUGGCACAGCAUUGGCUCUUUCCUUAAUGUGAUGAACAACGGCAUCCUGCGGGCAAGUCUGCCAGCUGGAAAAGACCCCACGAAAUUUGGCAUCACUGCCUUCAAUCACCCACUCAACCUCACCAAAGAGCAGCUGUCACAGGUUGCACUAAUGACAACAUCCGUGGACGUGCUGGUGUCCAUCUGCGUGAUCUUUGCCAUGUCCUUUGUCCCUGCCAGUUUUGUGGUUUUCCUCAUUCAGGAGAGAGUGAACAAAGCCAAACACAUGCAGUUCAUCAGUGGAGUGCAGCCUUUCCACUACUGGCUGGCCAACUUCGUCUGGGAUAUGUGUAACUACAUCGUCCCAGCUACAUUGGUCAUCAUCAUCUUUGUGUGUUUUCAACAAGACGCCUACGUCUCCUCCACUAACCUGCCUGUGCUGGCUCUGCUGCUGCUGCUCUAUGGAUGGUCGAUCACCCCUCUGAUGUACCCAGCCUCAUUUUUCUUUAAGAUCCCCAGCACAGCGUAUGUGGUCCUUACCAGUGUCAACAUAUUGAUCGGAAUCAAUGGCAGUGUCUCCACAUUUGUACUGGAGCUGUUUGGGAACAAUGAGGUCGGUGGCAUCAAUGACAUCCUGAAGAACGUGUUCCUCAUCUUCCCACACUUCUGUCUGGGCAGAGGAUUGAUUGACAUGGUGAAGAAUCAGGCAAUGGCAGAUGCUUUGGAGAGAUUUGGUGAAAACCGUUUCCGUUCGCCUCUGGCCUGGGACAUGGUGGGAAAGAAUUUGUUUGCAAUGGCGAUAGAGGGUGUUAUCUUCUUCUGCAUCACUGUCCUUAUUCAGUACCGCUUCUGCAUCAAGGCCGGGUCGUCUUCCAGUCAUCUAAAGCCUAUUGGAGAAGAGGAUGAGGACGUGGCCAGAGAGCGACAGAGGAUCCUGAGUGGUGCAGGACAGACGGACAUCCUGGAGCUCAGAGAGCUUACCAAGAUUUACAAGCGGAAACAGAAGCCAGCAGUGGACCGGCUUUGUGUUGGCAUCCCCCCUGGAGAGUGCUUCGGUUUGCUGGGGGUAAAUGGAGCGGGGAAAACCAGCACAUUUAAAAUGCUCACAGGAGACUCGUUGGUGACCAGUGGCGAGGCCUACCUGGCAGGCAAAAGUGUUAACACAGAGAUAGAUGAAGUGCAUCAGAACAUGGGCUACUGUCCUCAGUUUGAUGCUAUCAAUGACCUUCUGACGGGCAGAGAGCAUCUGGAGUUUUACGCCAUCCUGAGAGGAGUGCCCGAGAAAGAAGUCUGUGAGGUGGCAGAGUGGGGCAUCAGAAAGCUGGGGUUGGUCAAAUAUGUGGACAAGGCAGCAGGCAGCUACAGUGGAGGAAACAUGAGGAAACUGUCUACUGCCAUCGCUCUCAUAGGAGGACCACCUGUUGUGUUUCUGGAUGAACCAACAACAGGCAUGGACCCUAAGGCGCGAAGGGCCUUAUGGAACGCCAUCCUCAGUAUCAUCAAAGAGGGACGAUCUGUCGUCCUGACCUCUCACAGUAUGGAGGAGUGUGAAGCACUUUGCACCAGGAUGGCCAUCAUGGUCAAUGGCAGGUUCCGUUGUCUGGGCAGCGUGCAGCACCUCAAAAACAGGUUUGGUGACGGCUACACCAUCAUCCUGCGGGUGACGGGGCCAGUCCCAGAUCUUCGGCCAGUGAUGGAGUUCAUAGAGCGGGAGCUUCCAGGCAGCACGCUGAAGGAGAAACACCGGAACAUGCUGCAGUACCAGCUGCCCACAUCCCUCACCUCCCUCGCCCGCAUCUUCUCCCUGCUCUCCCAGAACAAGGAGGCACUCAGCAUAGAGGACUACUCAGUGUCUCAGACCACUCUAGACCAGGUGUUUGUAAAUUUCGCCAAGGACCAAAGUGAUGAGGACCAUUUGAAAGACGUCCAUCUGAGCAAGCGGGACGCUGUGGUAGUGGACUUUUCCAAACUAAACUCCCUCAUGGACAGUAAGACACGGGAGAGCUGCGUUUGAUUCCACGACAUAC